AUGACUGGUUCUCAGGAAUCUUACUACUUAGGGUUCGAUCUCUCGACCCAACAGUUGAAAUGUCUAGCGAUUAACAAGGAACUAAAGAUAGUUCACUCGGAAACUGUGGAUUUCAAGCGGGAUUUCCCUCAAUACAAGACCACAAAGGGUGUGUACAUCCGUGGGGAUGUGAUUGAUUGUCCUGUGGCUAUGUGGCUUGAAGCUAUUGACUUAAUAUUCGCUAAAUUCUCGAAAUCGGGUUUCGAUUUGAGUCUGGUGAAGGCUAUUUCGGGUUCAUGUCAGCAGCAUGGGUCGGUCUACUUGAGUGGUGCUGCUGAUGGUUUGCUAAAAUCUUUGAAUGCCAAGAAAGGUUCUUUGUUCGAUCAAUUAGUACCAGAAGCGUUGGCAAGAGAAACCGCACCUAAUUGGCAGGAUCACAGUACGGGAAAACAGUGUGAAGAGUUCCAGAAUGCAGUGGGAGGCCCACAGGAGUUGGCCAAGAUUACUGGCUCUAGGGCUCACUUCAGAUUUACCGGAACGCAAAUAUUGAAGAUCGCAGAAGAAGAACCUGAAGUGUAUGCGAACACCAAGGCCAUCGCACUAGUCUCCAGUUUCGUUGCCUCUGUGCUAAGCGGCUCAUUGACUGCCUUGGAAGAAGCAGAUGCCUGUGGAAUGAAUUUAUAUGAUGUGGCUAAACGUGAAUUUGAUGAUAAACUACUGUCGUUGAUCGACAAGGACAAGACUACCAUUGAGAAGAAACUAUUGGCGCCACCAAUUAAGUGUGACAAACCAGUGCGCUUAUCGUCGAUCUCGUCAUACUUUGCUGAGAAAUAUGGAUUCAGCCCCGACUGUUCGAUCUUCCCUUUUACUGGUGAUAAUCUUGCCACUAUCUGUUCGUUGCCAUUAAAGAAGAAUGACGUCUUGGUUUCACUCGGGACAAGUACUACUAUUCUGCUGGUGACAGAACAGUACCAUCCCUCAGCAGAUUAUCACUUAUUCAUCCAUCCAACGAUGCCUAACAGUUACAUGGGGAUGAUUUGUUACUGUAACGGUUCGUUGGCUCGUGAAAAGAUCCGGGACGAACUCAAUGGCAAUGAGACCAGCCGUGAUUGGACUUUAUUCAACGAGGCUCUAAGCGAUGAUUCAUUAGCUAACGAAGACGAGAUCGGCGUCUACUUCCCACUGGGUGAAAUUGUCCCCAGUGUAGAAGCCACAUACAAGAGAGCUAAGUUUGAUCCAAAAUCCGGCGAAAUAACCAAAUUCGUCGACUCCUUCGAAGACAAGAAACACGAUGCCAAGAAUAUUGUAGAAUCACAAGCACUAAGUUGUCGUGUACGGAUCUCUCCGCUACUUUCUUCAACAGUUUCGCCUGCAAACACCAAGAAUCAGGACUUAACGGUCAAGUUCGACUACGACGAGUUCCCAUUGAGUGAAUAUUUCCACAAGAGACCCAACAAGGCCUUCUUUGUCGGAGGUGCCUCAAAGAACAAUGCCAUCGUCAAGAAGUUCGCUCAAGUCAUCGGUGCCACACAAGGAAACUACAGAUUAGAGACACCAAAUUCGUGCGCAUUGGGAGGUUGCUACAAAGCAUUGUGGUCUGACUUGUUCUACUCGAAACAAACAACCUUGCACUAUGACCAAUUCUUGAAUGAGAGAUUUCCAUGGGAUGACCUCGAGUACGUGUGUGAUUCAGACGAUGGAGCCUGGAAUGCUUACAAUAACAAGAUUGUGCCAUUAAGUAGACUAGAAGCUACACUUUGA